GCCGCUAGCCAAGGGGAGGUGGGCAGAGGAGAAGUGGCGAGGCGGAAAGGAGAUGGCGGGAGGAGGCGGAGAGGAGAGCGGGCCAAGGCCGACCGGUGGGUGGAGGCAUAGGGUGGAGGCCGAGGGGAGGUGGACAGAGGUACCGGGCGGGGGCCUUGCGGAGGUGGGUGGAGGUAGCGGGCGGAAGAGGUGUGCAGAGGCGAACAGGAGGUCAGCGGAGGCCAAGGGGAGGUUGGCGCGCACAGCAGGAUGUGCAGCGGGAUGUCGGGAGGCAGCGGACGCAAGGUGGGCGGAGGGCAAGGGGAGAUGGGAGAUCCCAACGGCGGAAGGGAGGGUUGGCGCGCACAGCGAGAUGUGCAGCGGGAUGGCGGGAAGAGGCAGACACGAGGUUGGGGGAAGGCAAGGGGAGAUUGGCGAUCCCAAUGGCGGAAGGGAGGUGGCGGAGGCUGACAGGAGGUCGUCAGAGGCGGUCAGGAGGUCGCCGGAAGCCGAGGCAGGCAGAGGGAUGGCGGAUGUGCGGGCAGCGGAACGGAGGUGGAGAGGAGAUGGGAGGCGUACGGGAGGUGGCAGAGGUGGAGAGGAGAUGGCUAGAGGAGGCGGACAGGAGGUGGCGGAGGUGGACAGGAGAUGGCGGGAGGAGGCGGACGGGAGGAGGCGGACGGGAGGUGGCAGAGGCGGAGAGGAGAUGCGGGAGGAGAUAACCGGUGGAGGCGAACGGGAGGUGGCGGAGGAGGAGAGGAGAUGGCGGGGGGAUGCCGACGGAGGUGGGCAGAGACGGAGGGGAGGUGGUCCGAGGUGGGCGAAGGUGGGCGGAGGCCGAGCGGAGGUGGUCGAAAGUCGAACGAAGGAGGCGGAUGCGGAGAGGAGUUGGCGGGAAGAGAUGGAGGGAGGAGGCGAACGGGAGGUGGCGGAGACGGAGGAGAAGUGGAGAUGGGGGAGGAAAGAGAGAGGAGAUGGUGGGGGGAAGCAAAGGGGAGGUGGACAGAGACAGAGGGGAGGUGGGCAAAGACGGAGGGGAGGUGGGCAGAGACGGAGGGGAGGUGGGCAGAGACAGAGGGGAGGUGGGCAGAGACAGAGUCACCUCGGAGUACAGCCUUGCAAGACACGGGUCGAGGGCACGAAGUUAGAGGCCGUUCGACGCCAUAGCGUCGCCGACCCUGCAACGGGCCAAUGGCCAGCAGGUGUCGGGGCAGUUCUUUUACGACGGGCCCUCUUUUCAACGGCCACGGCGAUCCAAGCUGCCCGAGGUCCUACCGGCCCGAUGGCUCCAAUCGUCCUGCGAUCUUAAGACUUUAAGAUCGCGCGACGAUCCAAGCCGUCCGGCGAGGCCAACGGUCUGGAUCACCGCGCGAUCUCAAAGUCUUAAGAUCGUGCGAAAAUCCGGGCCGUCGGCCGGUAGGCCGCGGGCGGCCCGGAUCGGCCAAAUGUUGCACACCAAAUAGCGAUUUCUAUAAGUGCAGGGAAGUCCAUCAAUUUGAAAUCAUUGAAGUACAUGAUCCCUCAUUUCCACUUGCAAAGUCUCCAAGUCAAGAGUAUCCAAACGAGAAAAGGGAGGGAGAAGGAAAGACAGAUGGAGGGAAAAGAAUACCGUAUCACGCAAGUCCCUAUUCUCCUCCAGGCUUCCCAUCUCUGCAACGUCAGCACUUGCACACAAUAUGACACGUGGAUGAUGUAAACGCAGCCCCUCAGAGAUAAGUGAUCCUCCAGCAGUGAGCAGAAUCAACAGCAACAUCAUAG